UGUAUUCAAGUCAGUCCAACCAUUGCUAGUGACCUGAUCGGAGUAGAAAAAUGAAUCACUUGUGCUUUUACAUGAUAUUAUUUUUCUCCGGAGUAUUUUUCGCGAAUUCCUAGGAUCCACAAAUUAAUGGCAAACUAGGUGUAAUUGUUGGAAACCUAAAAAAUAUAUCUCUCUCAGGAUUAAACUAUACAAAUGUAAAGGAAUUUCUCGGCAUUCCCUUUGCCAAACCGCCAGUUGGGGAGCUGCGAUUUCGCAAUCCAGAACCGAUGGAAUCUUUACCAAGUUCGCCGUUUUAUGCCAAGAGGCAUAGUGCCAUAUGCCAGCAGAUUCCUUCCGUGGAGAUUCCAUUUAUAACAGACCACAAAAGCGAGGACUGUUUAUAUCUUAACGUAUAUGUGCCAGACAGACCAGCUGAUAGCACAUCUGGACAUGCUGUAAUGAUUUGGGUAUACGGAGGUGGGUUUCAACAGGGGUGUGCAAACAUGUAUGAUUUUUCUACCCUCUCUGUAGCGAGUAAUAUAAUUGUAGUUACUAUCAACUAUAGGGUCGGCGUAUUUGGGUUUCUCAGCACUGGAGAUGAAAAUGCGCAUGGUAAUUAUGGUCUUUGGGACCAACACUUGGCUUUCAAAUGGGUCCAUGACAACAUUGUGGACUUUGGAGGAGAUAAUCAAAGAGUUACAAUAGCUGGUGAAUCUGCGGGUGCUAUGAGUGUUAUUCAACAUGGUCUUAUUCUUGGUAAUCGGGGAUAUUUCAAGAGGAUCAUUGCCCAAAGUGGAAGUACGUCUUCGCCUUUUAUGGACAUGGACAGAGAUGGAUUCAAAGAUGUACAAGCCGUAGCUCACGACUUGGGAUGUAAAACUGCCCCAAUAGAUGUUUCAAUGCAGUGCUUAAGGGAGAAAAGUGUAGAAGAUUACCUAAGUGUAUUGAAAGAACUUGGGAAUAAAGUUUUCUUCGGUCCAAGAGUAGAUGAGAAGCUUAUAAAAAUCAACCCUCGGAAAAUUGCAAAGAUGUCUGAAAGUCGACAUUUAGAUGAAGUCGAAUUUUUCCGCACAUUGGAUAUUUUGAGUGGUUUUAACGCAAACGAAGGGGCAUCUAUGUGGCAUUAUAUGACGGAUAAAACUGAAUUAGAAACCAUGCAGCCUACGCGUGAACAAUUGAGAAAUGAGCUCUUGCCACAACUGAUGAAAUUUAUUUAUGAGAAAGUUUUUGCAGACGUACUCAUGCAGCUAGUAGAAGCUCAAUACACGGACUGGACAAAUCCUAAAGACUACAAAUCCAUUCGCUUACAGAUUGAAAAACUUAUAGGUGAUGCGACUUUCGGUGUGCCGGCCGUAGAGAUGGCCCGUCUUCAUAAUGUGUCGUCUGUUUCGAGAAACUUCAUGUACCACUUCGCGCCAAGACCAUCUUACCAGCCUUUACCUUCACCAAGCUGGUUACAAGGAGCAGGUCAUGCUGAUGAGAUUCCAUUUGUUAUGGGAGCAUUUGGUUUACUUGGUGUUGGUAACGAGAAUGCUUGGGAGAACGAACUUAUCAUCAAAAUGAUGACAUAUUGGUCAAAUUUCGUCAAAUCUGGCGACCCUAACAAGCCUGAAUUCGUUUACCCGUCCUGGCCGCAGUACAGUACGGACAACGGAGAUUAUCUUGUGCUGGACAAAUCCAUGUCUAAUGAAUCUACCAAACAACAUUUCUAUGCGGAAGAGGCUAACUUCUGGCUGGAAGUAUUUCCGGAUAUUGUUGAUGUUGUACACGACAAGAAAGAUUGUGGGAAUGAAACCUUCACAAGUGCUGUUUCGUUGGUUUUGGCGCUGAUUUCAUCGUCUGCAACCUUUCUUUAAAGCUGUGAUGUCAAACAUGUUGAACACUGCAUUCAGUUGAUUAUUACGUGUUGAAGUGUUGAACUGCAUCCCUCUUUUUUAUCUUUUCAAUUAAAAAAAAAAGGAAUGAUAUUGAAUAAAUAUCGAUAACAGAACAGAACAGAACAGAACAGAAAAAAACAUUCAAGAGAGACAUUGAAAAAUCCACAAAAAAUAUGCAAAUUACUCAUGACAUAUAUGCAUGUAUAGCUUUAAUGUAAUGUUUUUCAUUUUGUACACAUGUAAUGUAAUGGCUAGGUUUUGUAUUUUAUUUCCGGUAUUUCUAUCAGAAGUUUAAGAUUUCAAAAAUUAUAGAAGAAAAACUGUACAUUACGAGAUUGUCACAUUUUCAGUAGUUUGAGAGUUGAACAUGUAUCUAAAUGAACAGGAAGUUAAAUAAUGUGUCUGCUGUGUGUUUCCUGUAUAAUCCUUUAUAAACUCAGUAUACACUGUGAUCAAGGGAGCAGCUCAGGUGACGGGCUAGGGGACAUGGUCCCGCACUCAUGAGCUGAAACUUAAUAAUCAUUGUUAAAAGCUAGCCUGAAGUACAUUUAUAACUAAGAAAUUGUGUUUAUAGAGUUGUAAACAGAACGGUUUUAAAAGGCUAAUUGAACAUUGAUUAUAUCUUUGAAAUUCGACUGAACAUUUAUAAGUAACUGUGCAUUGCUCUUCGUAGGAAAUAAAAAUGUUAGAACUGUCAUAA